CCCACAACAACAGGUGAAGAAACAACAGGGCCAGUUGUCAUAACUUCGAAUCCCACAACUUUAACAACAACUACAAUUUCACCCACAACAACUACACCUACCACAGGUGGAACAACAACAAUUGAAGAAACCACAACUGAGACAAUUUCAUCCACCUCCACAAAGCCACCGACAGAAGUUACCACCGGUCCAACAACCACUUCCACCACUGUAAUUGUUGAAACAUCUACCUCAACAUCACAGCCCACAGCAACAGGUGAAGAAACAACAGGGCCAGUUGUCAUAACUUCCAAUCCCACUACUUUAACAACAACUACAAAUGUACCCACAACAACUACACCUACCACAGGUGGAACAACAACAGUUGAAGAAACCACAACUGAGACAAGUCAAUCCACCUCCACAAAGCCACCGACAGAAGUUACCACCGGUCCAACAACCACUUCCACCACUGUAAUUGUUGAAACAUCUACCUCAACAUCACAGCCCACAGCAACAGGUGAAGAAACAACAGGGCCAGUUGUCAUAACUUCCAAUCCCACUACUUUAACAACAACUACAAAUGUACCCACAACAACUACACCUACCACAGGUGGAACAACAACAAUUGAAGAAACCACAACUGAGACAAUUUCAUCCACAUCCACAAAGCCACCGAAAGUAGUCACCACCGGCCCAACAACCACUUCCACCACUGUAAGUGUUGAAACAUCUACCUCAACAUCACAGCCUACAGCAACAGGUGGAGAAACAACAGGGCCAGUUGUCAUAACUUCCAAUCCCACUACUUUAACAGCAACUACAAAUGUACCCACAACAACUACACCUACCACAGGUGGAACAACAACAAUUGAAGAAACCACAACUGAGACAAGUCCAUCUACCUCCACAAAGCCACCUAAAGAAGUCACCACCGGCCCAACAACCACUUCCACCACUGUAAGUGUUGAAACAUCUACCUCAACAUCUCAGCCCACAACAACAGGUGUAGAAACAACAGGGCCAGUUGUCAUAACUUCGAAUCCCACAACUUUAACAACAACUACAAUUUCACCCACAACAACUACACCUACCACAGGUGGAACAACAACAGUUGAAGAAACCACAACUGAGACAAGUCCAUCCACCUCCACAAAGCCACCGAAAGAAGUUACCACCGGUCCAACAACCACUUCCACCACUGUAAUUGUUGAAACAUCUACCUCAACAUCUCAGCCCACAGCAACAGGUGAAGAAACAACAGGGCCAGUUGUCAUAACUUCCAAUCCCACUACUUUAACAACAACUACAAAUGUACCCACAACAACUACACCUACCACAGGUGGAACAACAACAAUUGAAGAAACCACAACUGAGACAAUUUCAUCUGCAUCCACAAAGCCACCGAAAGAAGUCACCACCGGCCCAACAACCACUUCCACCACUCCACCGAAAGAAGUCACCACCGGCCCAACAACCACUUCCACCACUGUAAUUGUUGAAACAUCUACCUCAACAUCACAGCCCACAGCAACAGGUGAAGAAACAACAGGGCCAGUUGUCAUAACUUCCAAUCCCACUACUUUAACAACAACUACAAAUGUACCCACAACAACUACACCUACCACAGGUGGAACAACAACAGUUGAAGAAACCACAACUGAGACAAGUCCAUCUGCAUCCACAAAGCCACCGAAAGAAGUCACCACCGGUCCAACAACCACUUCCACCACUGUAAUUGUUGAAACAUCUACCUCAACAUCACAGCCCACAGCAACAGGUGAAGAAACAACAGGGCCAGUUGUCAUAACUUCCAAUCCCACUACUUUAACAACAACUACAAAUGUACCCACAACAACUACACCUACCACAGGUGGAACAACAACAAUUGAAGAAACCACAACUGAGACAAUUUCAUCUGCAUCCACAAAGCCACCGAAAGAAGUCACCACUGGCCCAACAACCACUUCCACCACUGUAAAUGUUGAAACAUCUACCUCAACAUCUCAGCCCACAACAACAGGUGAAGAAACAACAGGGCCAGUUGUCAUAACUUCGAAUCCCACAACUUUAACAACAACUACAAUUUCACCCACAACAACUACACCUACCACAGGUGGAACAACAACAGUUGAAGAAACCACAACUGAGACAAGUCCAUCCACCUCCACAAAGCCACCGAAAGAAGUCACCACCGGUCCAACAACCACUUCCACCACUGUAAUUGUUGAAACAUCUACCUCAACAUCACAGCCCACAACAACAGGUGAAGAAACAACAGGGCCAGUUGUCAUAACUUCCAAUCCCACUACUUUAACAACAACUACAAAUGUACCCACAACAACUACACCUACCACAGGUGGAACAACAACAGUUGAAGAAACCACAACUGAGACAAGUCCAUCUGCAUCCACAAAGCCACCGAAAGAAGUCACCACCGGCCCAACAACCACUUCCACCACUGUAAGUGUUGAAACCUCUACCUCAACAUCUCAGCCCACAGCAACAGGUGUAGAAACAACAGGGCCAGUUGUCAUAACUUCCAAUCCCACUACUUUAACAACAACUACAAAUCCCACAGCAACAGGUGGAGAAACAACAGGGCCAGUUUUCAUAACUUCCAAUCCCACUACUUUAACAGCAACUACAAAUGUACCCACAACAACUACACCUACCACAGGUGGAACAACAACAAUUGAAGAAACCACAACUGAGACAAUUUCAUCUACAUCCACAAAGCCACCUAAAGUAGUCACCACCGGCCCAACAACCACUUCCACCACUGUAAGUGUUGAAACCUCUACCUCAACAUCUCAGCCCACAACAACAGGUGAAGAAACAACAGGGCCAGUUGUCAUAACUUCAAAUCCCACAACUUUAACAACAACUACAAUUUCACCCACAACAACUACACCUACCACAGGUGGAACAACAACAGUUGAAGAAACCACAACUGAGACAAGUCAAUCCACCUCCACAAAGCCACCGAAAGAAGUCACCACCGGCCCAACAACCACUUCCACCACUGUAAAUGUUGAAACAUCUACCUCAACAUCACAGCCCACAGCAACAGGUGAAGAAACAACAGGGCCAGUUGUCAUAACUUCCAAUCCCACUACUUUAACAACAACUACAAAUGUACCCACAACAACUACACCUACCACAGGUGGAACAACAACAAUUGAAGAAACCACAACUGAGACAAGUCCAUCUACCUCCACAAAGCCACCUAAAGAAGUCACCACUGGCCCAACAACAACUUCCACCACUGUAAUUGUUGAAACCUCUACCUCAACAUCACAGCCCACAGCAACAGGUGAAGAAACAACAGGGCCAGUUGUCAUAACUUCCAAUCCCACUACUUUAACAACAACUACAAAUGUACCCACAACAACUACACCUACCACAGGUGGAACAACAACAAUUGAAGAAACCACAACUGAGACAAUUUCAUCUGCAUCCACAAAGCCACCGAAAGAAGUCACCACCGGCCCAACAACCACUUCCACCACUGUAAAUGUUGAAACAUCUACCUCAACAUCACAGCCUACAGCAACAGGUGGAGAAACAACAGGGCCAGUUGUCAUAACUUCCAAUCCCACUACUUUAACAGCAACUACAAAUGUACCCACAACAACUACACCUACCACAGGUGGAACAACAACAGUUGAAGAAACCACAACUGAGACAAGUCCAUCUACCUCCACAAAGCCACCUAAAGAAGUCACCACUGGCCCAACAACCACUUCCACCACUGUAAAUGUUGAAACAUCUACCUCAACAUCACAGCCCACAGCAACAGGUGAAGAAACAACAGGGCCAGUUGUCAUAACUUCCAAUCCCACUACUUUAACAACAACUACAAAUGUACCCACAACAACUACACCUACCACAGGUGGAACAACAACAGUUGAAGAAACCACAACUGAGACAAGUCCAUCUACAUCCACAAAGCCACCUAAAGAAGUCACCACUGGCCCAACAACCACUUCCACCACUGUAAUGUUGAAACAUCUACCUCAACAUCACAGCCUACAGCAACAGGUGGAGAAACAACAGGGCCAGUUUUCAUAA